AUGGCAUCAGCAUUGUUCGAUGUUGUCAUACUGUGGUCACCCACAGAAUCUGAUACCGAAUAUUCUGAGUUGCAAAACCUAUUCAAGACAGAAUUUCCAACUCAAUUUCGACUUCAUCUAUUCACGAAGGCACUAGAUGCAGUCAUACAUACUGAAUCAAAAACAUCAUUACCAACAAUUGUCAUUACGAAACUAGGCAUGACUGAGCAAUCUUCAGGUCAACCUCUGAUUGAAGCUAUUCGCCGGCAAGAUAAGCGUACCUUUAUCAUUCUCCAUUCACAUAAAGUUUGUGCCGAUCCAAACCUUCGUUGGUAUUUUGCUGAACUUGGUGUAAAUAUGAUAACUGAAUUUAUUACGCAAGUUCGUCAUGUUUUAACUCAACUACUACCUUUAGCUCAACCAAGUCCAAAGCCUUCAUACUCAUGUCCAUUUUGUAAAUGGUCAUCCUUAUCGUUUCCUCAACUGUAUACUCAUGUUCCUCUCUACCAUACUAAUGAAACGGAAUUAUCAAUUAAAUGUGAUAUAUGUCAGCGAGCCACGCGCAGUUAUGCAGUACAUUUGCACGAGGAACAUAUGGACGAAACCCAACAAAUGCCGUCGGCGGUGCCUUUGUAUGCAUUUGCAUUGGUGGUAUGUCAGCGUAAAAGCGAUAAUCGUUUCCUUGUUGUUCAAGAAUCCGGAUCGAUGGGCUUCUGGCUACCGGGUGGGCGAGUCGAAGUCGGAGAACAGUUGGAUAAAGCUGCAGAGCGUGAAACAUUAGAAGAAGCUGGUGUGCGAAUAAAGAUUACCGGCGUCUUGAAAAUCGAAUUCUCACCACGAGCAAAUAUGAAUCGUCUGCGCGUGAUCUUUUUUGCUGAACCUGCCGAUGAACAAGACUGUGAUCCCAAAACUAUACCGGAUUACGAAAGCUAUGGUGCCAUGUGGUUGACAUAUGAGCAGACCGUGGAAUGUAGUACACGAAAUCAAUUACGUGGUAGUGAACCAUUGAAAUGGUUUAAAUAUAUUACUGAUAAUGGCACCGUACAUUCGUUAAGUAUUCUUGGGAAAAGCGAACUUUAA